AGGAAGUCCGGGCUGGACGAUGGCUGUGUUGCUGAAGGCCAUGUAGUGGGGGGUCCUGGGCCGAAUCUCGGUCUACCCCUAACCCGGCUUCGUUCCGGCCACAGGCCUGCCGGACGCAGGGCGAGACGAGGGCGGCGCCUGUCUGCUCGCCGCCAUGCACGACGCUUUCGAGCCGGUGCCGAUUCUGGAAAAGCUGCCUCUGCAGAUCGACUGUCUGGCUGCCUGGGAGGAAUGGCUUCUUGUUGGAACCAAACAAGGACAUCUGCUUCUCUAUAGGAUUCGGAAGGAUGUUGGUUGCAACAGGUUUGAAGUGACGCUAGAGAAAUCCAAUAAGAACUUCUCCAAAAAGAUUCAGCAGAUCCAUGUGGUUUCCCAGUUUAAGAUUCUGGUCAGCUUGUUAGAAAACAACAUUUAUGUCCAUGACCUGUUGACAUUUCAACAAAUCACUACGGUCUCCAAGGCAAAGGGAGCGUCAUUGUUCACAUGCGAUCUCCAGCACACAGAGACUGGGGAGGAGGUGCUGCGCAUGUGUGUGGCCGUGAAAAAGAAGCUGCAGCUCUACUUCUGGAAGGACCGGGAGUUUCAUGAGUUGCAGGGGGACUUCAGUGUACCAGAUGUGCCUAAGUCCAUGGCAUGGUGUGAAAAUUCCAUCUGCGUGGGUUUCAAGAGAGACUACUACCUGAUACGGGUGGAUGGAAAGGGGUCCAUCAAAGAGCUCUUUCCAACAGGAAAACAGCUGGAGCCCUUAGUUGCACCUCUGGCAGAUGGAAAAGUGGCCGUGGGCCAGGAUGAUCUCACCGUGGUACUCAACGAGGAGGGGACCUGCACACAGAAAUGUGCCCUGAACUGGACAGACAUCCCAGUGGCCAUGGAGCACCAGCCUCCCUACAUCAUCGCGGUGUUGCCACGCUACGUGGAGAUCCGAACAUUCGAGCCGAGACUUCUGGUCCAAAGCAUUGAAUUGCAAAGGCCUCGUUUCAUCACCUCUGGAGGAUCAAACAUCAUCUACGUGGCCAGCAAUCAUUUUGUUUGGAGACUCAUUCCUGUCCCCAUGGCCACCCAAAUCCAGCAACUUCUCCAGGAUAAGCAGUUUGAAUUGGCUCUGCAGCUCGCGGAAAUGAAAGAUGAUUCCGACAGUGAAAAGCAGCAGCAAAUCCAUCACAUCAAGAACUUGUAUGCCUUCAACCUCUUCUGCCAGAAGCGCUUUGAUGAGUCCAUGCAGGUCUUUGCUAAGCUUGGCACAGAUCCCACCCAUGUGAUGGGCCUGUACCCUGACCUGCUGCCCACAGACUACCGGAAGCAGUUGCAGUAUCCUAACCCAUUGCCUGUGCUCUCCGGGGCUGAAUUGGAGAAGGCUCACCUGGCUCUGAUUGACUACCUGACACAGAAACGGAGUCAAUUGGUAAAGAAGCUGAACGAUUCUGACCACCAGUCCAGCACCUCCCCACUCAUGGAAGGCACGCCCACGAUCAAGUCCAAGAAGAAGCUGCUGCAAAUCAUUGACACCACCCUGCUCAAGUGCUACCUGCACACCAACGUGGCCCUGGUGGCGCCCUUGCUGCGUCUGGAGAACAAUCACUGCCACAUCGAGGAGAGCGAGCACGUGCUGAAGAAGGCCCACAAGUACAGCGAGCUGAUAAUCCUGUACGAGAAGAAGGGGCUGCACGAGAAAGCUCUGCAGGUGCUCGUGGACCAGUCCAAGAAAGCCAACUCCCCGCUGAAAGGCCAUGAGAGGACAGUGCAGUACCUGCAGCAUCUGGGCACAGAAAACCUGCACCUGAUUUUUUCCUACUCAAUGUGGGUGCUGAGAGACUUCCCAGAAGAUGGGCUGAAGAUAUUUACUGAAGAUCUCCCAGAGGUGGAGUCUCUGCCACGCGAUCGGGUGCUCAGCUUCCUAAUAGAGAAUUUUAAGGGGCUGGCUAUUCCUUAUCUGGAGCACAUCAUCCACGUGUGGGAGGAGACCGGCUCGCGGUUCCACAACUGCCUGAUCCAGCUGUACUGUGAGAAGGUGCAAGGCCUGAUGAAGGAGUAUCUCCUGGCCUUCCCCGCAGGCAAAACCCCGGUCCCUGCUGGAGAGGAGGAGGGGGAGCUGGGAGAAUACCGGCAGAAGCUCCUUAUGUUCCUGGAGAUCUCCAGCUACUACGACCCAGGGCGGCUCAUCUGUGAUUUCCCUUUCGAUGGCCUGCUGGAGGAACGAGCUCUGCUGCUGGGGCGCAUGGGGAAGCACGAGCAAGCUCUCUUCAUCUACGUGCACGUCCUGAAGGACACCAGGAUGGCCGAGGAGUACUGCCACAAACACUAUGACCAAAACAAAGACGGCAACAAAGAUGUGUAUCUCUCUCUGCUUCGGAUGUACCUGUCGCCCCCCAGCAUUCACUGCCUAGGGCCAAUUAAGCUGGAGCUGCUGGAGCCACAGGCCAACCUCCAGGCUGCCCUGCAGGUCCUCGAGCUGCACCACAGCAAACUGGACACCACCAAGGCCAUCAACCUUCUGCCAGCAAACACUCAGAUCAAUGACAUACGCAUCUUUCUGGAAAAAGUCUUGGAAGAAAACGCACAAAAGAAACGGUUCAACCAAGUGCUCAAGAACCUUCUCCAUGCAGAGUUCCUGAGGGUCCAGGAAGAGCGGAUCCUACACCAGCAGGUGAAGUGCAUCAUCACCGAGGAGAAGGUGUGCAUGGUGUGUAAGAAGAAGAUUGGGAACAGUGCAUUUGCGAGAUACCCCAAUGGAGUGGUCGUGCACUACUUCUGUUCUAAAGAGGUAAACCCAGCUGACACCUGAGCCCAGCAUCCUGUGCAUUCAGCAGAUGGACAGCUCGGCUAUCCCAGAGAGGCCACGGAGCGGCCAGCCUUAAGGAGCCGGGGGCUGCCACCAGCGGGAAUCUCCUCGUUUGGACACGACUGGCUGCCUUGCGCCUGGAACAUCACUGACUCAUGGGUUGGCAUUGUCAGCUUUUUAAUAGAAAAAGAGAUUAGUUAUACCUUAUACCAUAAUGUUGCAGGCAAAGCCAGAGAAUUUACCACCUGCUGGACAGGAGGAGGUGCACCGUCUUGCCUUUGCACACCUUCACCUGCAUAAGGAAACUUAUUGCAAGUGUUCCUAAUCACGGUGGUUCACUGAGGCUUUCUCUUCAGAUAAGUGCACAGCCUCAGAAGGCCACACUGCGGCCACGCAGACCAGACGGCUGGCUCCUGUGGGAUGCAGCUGUCCCCCGUGUCCCCUCCGUGGUCUGCAGCUCCACGCACAUCUCCAGGCUUCAGUCUCCUUCCACACUAUUUAUUGUCUUCCUUUGUCUCUCCCCUCACUGCCAUGCUUUCUCUCCCACACUCCGGGUAACUCAUAUUUCAAUGAGGUAAAGUGAGAAGCAAGAGGAAGUGUCAGUGUGUAGGAAUACGUUGAGAACGGAUCGUCCAGUGUGUUGGAAACAGCCUCUCUGGCCGGAUGCUCUAUGCGUGAGAGCGUAGGAGAGUGCCAUUCUCUGUCUAGGAGAGGGCCUCAGGGCUUCCCCGGGGCCCAGCAGCUCCCGGCUCUGCAGGCUCUAGACAGACCACCGCAGAGGCACCUGCUCCCGCGUCGGCAGGCAGGCGGGUUGGGGCAGCGCCUGGGAGCUCAGUCCUCGUGCUCAGACCGCCUUUCUCCCCCCAGCUGCUUCCUGUGCACCUGCCUUAGAGCUUGGCCCGGCUGUCGUCGCCCAGCUUAGUUUCGCAGGAGAGCAGACUCUGCUGCACACGGGGACAGUCAGGUGGGGCUGACGGCGAGGGGCUGCCGCUGUGCUGGGGAGGCGUUCAGGGAGAAGAGAACUCGCGCCAGAUCUCGCGAGUGCUUGGGGCAGAGUGCUGGGGCCUGGUGUCUUUGCAGACACUGGUGGCCCAGUGUCUUCAGUGGUAGUGAGGGUGGGGGCUGUGCCUGUCCUCUGUCGGCUGCAGUUGUGCUGUGUUGACCCAGCUGCUGACGCUAAGUGGAGGUGCUCCGCCCUGGCGUGCACUCUGUGCCAGCAGCACCGUUCACAGCGUUGGGGGUGGGGGGUGCUCUGCUCAGGCCCAUGAGGCUGGGCCCCAAGAGCCCUGCACAGCGGCGUGUGGAGAAGGAAGUCACACAGCGGCCACCCCCACCCACGAGGAGCGGCGCUGGCCCAGGCCCGGUCUGCCAGCUCGGGCUGUGCUUCUCCGGGGGCGGCCCCACCUUCCUGGCCUUGCUGUGCUGGCCCGUCCUUGCCGCGAGCUGUUUGAAGCGCUAGAGUGCAGAACGCGUGUUUUCUUCUGUUCUGGUUUCAUACGUGACCCCGCUUCCCACACGCCAUUCUUUGUUCCCAAGACUCUCUGUCCUCCACAGAGAAGGCUGGAGACGGAAGCUGCCCUCGGAAUAAAGAGCAAAGCAAGAAACCACGCCUACGGAGGUGUCUUUU